CUCUACUCCGUACAGCUUAAUCUUUUCAAUACCACCCUUCAGAGUUGUCGGCUGCUAUGUGAGAAUGCCAGAGUCAGCAAAUGAAGGCUGGCAAGAGCUACAAGUGCCAUCUCGACGACAAUGUCCCAAGCUCUUCUACUCCUUCACUACGCAAGAUGAGUCCAUAACGCUCUUGCUAACUGACCUGAUCUCCAUCUGGGAGAGCACCCUUGACAGAUACGACAUCCUGAGUGAUGCGGCUCGUCAGCACGCGAGCAUCGACCCAUCUGUGUCUGCUGAUCAAUUCGAAGUCCUUCUAUCCAAGAUCGGCAAAAGCCUAAAGGAUGGUGAAAACAUUCUCUCAAAGCAAGAACUCCGGAAUUCACAGUUGCUGAUAUUGACCACCAAAAUUGACCUACCGAAGCCGCUGAGACCGCUGGAAUGGACAUUCAAGCUUGCUCCGCAAGAUGCCUCAGAGCUGGCGGAACGCAUCCUCCGGCCAAGUCUCCACGAGGUCGCGGUUUCCCAGGAGAAGAUCAAGUCUUUACUUCGAGCCAUCAAGGACAAGGACCACGUCAUAUCUAGGCUGCUCGAAAGAAUAGGGAGCUCUUCCAUCGACCUGGGAUUGGUGUUCCCUGGCAUCACUGGAAUGGCACGCAGAGGGGGGCAAGUCUCCGUGGAGGAUGCCAAGAAGCAUGUUCCAGGAAUGGCGGCAUUCGAUGAGAAGUCCUGGGUCAAACAAUUCGCCAACGAUGAAGGCUAUGAAGGUGCCGAUCGUACAGGCUUGGGGAACCUGGUCCGUGGUUGCGAAAAGUGUUUCGCCCACACGAAAGCUGAGCAUGAAGAUUGGGUCAAGGAGCUCUCUUCGCCUGAUAAGCGGACCAAAGCUAUCAAUGUGAGGAAUGAUGAACCCAAGUUGACUAAAAAGGAUAUCCGUGGCGAGACUGAACAACGCAAUGACACGACAGACUCGGACAACGAUUUUGAGCGACAACCUACACCGCCUGGACUCAAAUCCAAAGGUCACGGGAAGAGCGAGCCGUCACCACCGCCGAAAGGAGAAGAUGACGACGAAGAACCUCCCGUCAAACGUACCAAAGCCUCCAAGAUAGGCGGCUUAGGUCGACGGAGUGCCACCAAAUCUUUCGGCUCAACCGAGUCGGCUCAACCUUCGUCACCGCUUCGCCGUCGCUCCGACGCGUCGACUUCUACCGCCACAGCUUCAGAAGACGACGAAGACGACAUCAGGCCUGCAGUCAGACCCUCAUCUAAAGAGCGCAGUCUCAAACCCAAACUUGGUGCCUUGAGGAAAAGGCAGCCUGCCAGAACUUCACCGUCAGCCAGUCAUUCCCCCAAAGCCUCAUCACCACCAACAAAAGGCCCCAACAAAGAUCAAGUCCGCCCUGCAUCCGAGUCCUCCGACGAAGACGAAGCAUCAGACCUAGACGGACGCCAUUCUCCUCCACCCGCCCAAACUCCAUCGCGCCACCGCCUCGGACAGAUCGGCCGCAAAUCCGCCACAGCAACACCAAGCAGAGCCAGCGACUCAUCUCCUCCGCGCAAAGACAAAGGUAACAAUUCAGCAUCACCAUCACCAUCGCAAGCCACGCCCAGGCGCAGACUCGGCAAACUAGGCGCGCGCAAGCAACGAAAUACCCAGGCACACCCAUCGUCCGCGGAACCUGAGCCGUCACCCCGAUCUUCCAAGAAGAAGACCAGGUCAAAAGCCAACGAUGACGACUCAGACGCUACGAGUUCUGCGGCCUCGUCACCGUCACCGUCGCCAUCGCCAUCGGGCAGGAAAUUAGCCUCACGCCCGUUGACCAAGAACGAGUCUAAUCCCGAGCCCGAGCCUGCACAGCCGAACCCUGAAGAACCCGAAAAAUCCGAGAAAGAGGAGACAGCUGAAGAGAAAGCCAACCGGCGGCGCAUGGAAUUGAAACGUACAAUCGCAGCGAAUGCGGGCGCGAAGAAGAAGAGACGCUUCUGAACCUCUCGCCCUCUCUGUUGCGCCCCUGGCAUAGCAUCUCAGCACACGGGCACCAAAGAUGCUGUCUAUAUGGAGUACACGAGAUGUCAAAUGUCAGUGUCCAGGUUUUAACUGAUUGCUAAGCGGCACAAGCGAGAAUCAGUCUCAUCAACCACUCAUAACAGCACUUUUCUAUCUCAAAACUAAACACUUUGUCGCUUGCUAAGUAGUUCUUGUUGUCUCAAAUGAAAGACCACAGCCAGUGGACAAUCUUCGUGGCCUUA